GCCCAAAGUACCGUCAGGCGCACUCGGAAAUCAUCACUUGGAAAGCGCCGGUUAAUCCAACGGUAGUCAAUGCCACUCCAGAGGCUUGAAAGCAGCGCAUGCGAGUUGGAGGGGACCCUAUGGAGAACGUGCGCGCGCACAGUAUUUUUUUUUUCCCCCAACGCUACUAGUCGUUUCAGCUGGAUUUACAUUCAACCAAGAGUACAGCAGAACAGCUGUUGCACCAUUCAGCCGCUAUUGGCGAUUAUUUCGCCACAAAAUAGUGGCUGCUGCACCAUUAUACUAAUCUUAGCUUAAACGUGGUGCUCUCGAGUGUAAAGCCCCAUAGGUGUGUGCUUUUGUCUCAGCCAGCGUGUCGUUUGUUUGUUUAAUCGAAUUUAAAUCCCGCGAGAGGGCUCAGAGCGGGUAACAGCAAGUUUUAAAGUAUUAAAAUCAGUUUUGCAGCAAUAACGGAAACAAUAAAGACAAUGCAACAAUUUAAGGAUGGCAAAAGAAAGAGGUCUAACUGUUUCAAGUGGCAGUUCUUUCCUAUCCCACUUCGGGGAUGCAUAGCUUCUGUGAUGCACAAGCGCGCACGCUUUUUAAACGACUAUUCUCCGACGAGAGAGAGAGCAGCCUUUCCCGGGCACGAUGGUUUCGGCUUCACUGGGGCUGCCCAGUUUGGUCGGCAUCUGUGAACAGCACUGGGGUGACUGAGGAAACUCUCUUGGCCCAAGCACACUACCCGUCCCUUCGCAAAAAGCAAGGAGGCGCCGGCUAGACGACUGUGGUAGGAGCAGCAGAGCUUGCGGGCGGCCGCUUCGCUGGCUCCUCCCCGGGGGCUGGCCAGUCUGCCUUCGGGUUCCGGAGGCGGAGGCAGAUUUCCAUGGACUCGGCGGCGGUGGGGCUGGAAGAGGGGCGGAAUAGUCCGGCGUGGAGGGGUUGCCGGCCGGGAGGACGCCUGGACAUGAGCCAUGGAUUCGUGAGGCACAUCAGGCGCAACCAGAUCGCCAGGGAUGACUAUGACAAGGAGAUGAAGCAAGCCAAGGAAAAGGUGAAAAAGAGGCAUACGCCAGCCCCAGCCCGGCCCAGAAAACCAGAUCAGCAGGUCUAUCAUCCCCGUCAAAGAAAUAGAGCUGAAGUCACAUCUGGCUUGGAGUAUGAGGGCUCCAGUGAGAGUAGUUCCAGUACUGAACUAGACCCUUAUGGACCAGCACUCUUCUGCCUGGAAUAUGAAGCUGACAGUGGCAAGAUCACCUCAGUUGUUGUGCACCAGGACAGUGACCCUGAUGAGGUGGUAGAGAAGAUCAGUGCCCAGAACCCACUGGAACCAGCUAUGCGUGAGGCCCUGAAGAAGCGGGUGCUGGAGGAGCUAGAAAAACGACGAGUAAAGCGCUGAGGCACUGUGAAAAUAUCUGUGUUGUUUACCUCGCUGGGAAAUACUUUUUGCAAAAGGGACAGCAAACUUGUCCCACAGUGUUUGGUUUGGAGGCUUCAAGAGGGUCAGGGAGUUAUGUAGUAAUGGUCACACGACUCAGGGUUGAGGUUCAUGGACCAGUCUGUCCAUGCUGCUUGAGUCUUUUUGACAGUGGUUGCAUUGCUUUAUUUUAUACAUUCCUCUGUACACAAUCAUUGACUAACAUCGUGCAGAAUGAAACGAGCAAUGUUUACAUAAGCUUGUAACCCCAAAUGUGGAUUCCAGGAAGGAGGUGAAAGGGCAGCACAUUUUGAGACCCUCAGCAUUCUUGCAUAGGCCAAAGUACAUGAAGGCUUUAAUGCUGCCUUCUGAGUCUUAAGAUGGAGUCAGAAUAAGGUUGGCCAGGCCAUUGUCCUUCCUUCAUCUCACUCUUUUUUGUUUUUUGUUAAAAGUUGUCCCCUCACCGUCACUCUCUGGAAUUGAUUGUAUUAAAGGGGCGUAUUGUUCCAGUUGCUUUGCUAA